UGAGAACAAAGAGAGGGUGUGGAAGAGAGAUUUGUUAAGAAUGGAGAAUGGGUGAUAAAAUUAGUUUCAGAGAAUGUGAAAGAAUGAGGACUUGAAGGAAGCAACAGGAUUCCUAGCAGCAUUAAAGCGAUUUCAUGUUGGUGAUUGUGAAUUAAUACUGCAGUAUAUCUGAUCUGUUCUAAAAAGCACUUGGCGUCUCAGGUGUUGGCAGAGAGGAACAGAUAAUUUACCUCAUACAUAGGGUGGUUUUACUGAACAAGUGGGACCAGAAUAUGUUCCAGGAAGCUAAUGAUUGGCAGAAGAGAAUCAAGGUUGCUAAGAAAGAGGUGAAGAAAGAAGUAUACUGAUGGAGCGGAAUGAGGUCAAAUGGGCGGCAGACAUCAACGAGAUCAGAGAAUUUUCAUGUCGGAGAGAGAUAAAUGAGCAAUCUUGAAAGAUAUUAAAGAGAGACACAGAAAGAUACCCAGAGUGAGCUGAAGCAGUCUAAGUUUAAAAAAAGAAAAAAAUGCUCAAGAGUAAGCAAAACAAAGGUAUUGUAAACAAGCAAGAGGUAAUCUACACAGAACCAAAAUUUUCCAAGUCUCAACAGCAAAAAAUAUCUAAGACAAAUCAGAGAAAUGUCCAGUCAAGAGAACAGCAAGUAGACUACAUGGAACUGAAAUUUCCCAGAUCUCACCUUCAGCACAGAAAACAGAAAAAAGGAAAAGUGUCACACCACCGAUCUAUAGUCUGGCAAGUGAUAACUGGCAGCCUGGGGACCUUGUGCGUGGUUUUGUUGACAACAGUGUGUGUCUUGCUUGCAAACUUAUAUUCCAACAAAGAAGACCCAAAUCAAAAACUGUCACCUGUUCCCACUCUAUCUUCUAAAAAUGGUGAAUGUUCCUGUGACCAUUGUUCAACUCACUGGAUUGGAUUUGGAAGUAGUUAUUAUCAUCUUUCGAGUAAAACCAAAACCUGGAUGGAGAGCCAUGCUGCCUGUGAAGAGCUAGAUACCCACCUUCUAAAGAUCGAUAUCAAGGGAGAGCUGGAAAUUUUAUCAAUGCUUGAAGUAAAAGGAUGGAUAGGUCUCAAAAUCAAUGAAACAAGUGAAUCCUGGUUAUGGGAAGAUGGCACCACAGUAACUGAAAACCUGUUUGAAUUCCUGAAAAUGGAGAAAGAUGGUUGUGCAUAUAUUGAUGGAAAGUAUGUUUAUGCUGCUAACUGUUCAUCUGGGAAAAGUUACGUGUGUGAGUUUAGUGUAUAGCAGCUCAAUUUUGCUAAUACAAGUUGUUAAUGAAUCCUAAUUAAUUAAAGAGCAUAAAAUAUGUUGCUGCUUUUAUAAAAUUUUAUUAGUUAUUACUUAAACUUUUUUUUUACUGCAUGCACAAUACUUCAGUUACAUUUCCAAAUUUUAAAUGUACUCAAAGUGAGGAAACUUUACCACCCAUAAAUUCCUUGGGAGUAAGUAAUCUCCUUAUGAGAGCUCAUAUUAGUAAUUAUUUAUGUAAGAAAGUUAGCAAACAUCCUUUAUGAACUAAAAAAAUUGUAAAAAUUAGGGAUAUAAAACUAAAAAGGAAUUCUACCUAUAUCAGUUAGGGUUCUGGCAUGAAAUAGACAUUUAAGAUUGUUCAAGAGAUUUACAGUUGUAAACCACAUUUGCCGGGAGCCACCACGGGAGACCUCACCCACGACAAGGUCAUGUGGAAGAAAACUGUUAAGCAAGGCUUCAAAACUCAAGGGGCUCCCUAGGCUUUCUCGAGCAUCUACCCCAAAACCAGAAUCUGUCUGUUUUACUAUUUCAUGACUUUCACCACUCCUCUGACAUUAACAGGGGGCUAACCCUGACCACCUUUCUCUGGAGAAAAUUAACUUAGGGCUAUAGCUAAUAAGUCUCCUGGACAUGAGAGGAAUAUUUCAAAUCAAACCCCCUCUGUUAGCAUUCUAGCUUGCUUGACGGGUCUAUCCAGACUCUUGCAGCUACCCAUGUGAUUAUUCACAGCCUCCCAACUGUGAAAGGCAUGGAAAGCCUAAAACAUAGAGCCUUUUAAAGAGUUAAAAGUUAUUAGAGUAAUGCUAAUGUAGGAUUUAAUUUUUGGGCCAACGCUUGUUGCUAAGUUCCCAUAUCUCUUAUUCACUGUGCACCUGGAAGCGCGUUAGUUAACAUAGUUGAAAAGUAUGAAAAACAAGUGUAGCCUUGAAAUUAACCACAUCAGACUUU